AUGGCCACUUCAGUGCGUAACCGUCAGUUUCCUCAUUUGGAACCCUCCUUCAAUGGCGGCGUUCGUAACUGUAACUUUCCGAGCUCCAUUUCAGAAUUCGUUAAUCCGAAGAAGCCGGUAACAAUGGCGGACGACGACGAUUUCUCCAGCGACGAGGAUAACGAGUCUGAUUUCAGUGAUUUGAUUCGAAAAGGCAUGAGCGAAUUGGAGCCGUCGAUUUUGGACGCUAGAGAUUUGGGGACGGUGGAUGCCUGGAUCCAGCGAAAUGCUUCCAUGAUCCGUCUCACGGGGAAGCAUCCUUUCAAUUCGGAGGCUCCGUUGGCGCUGAAAGGUCCAUUGGGUCACAUAGAAUACGUGGGCCGCGGCAACUUUGUAGUGGACGGCAAGCGCAAGCACGCGAAGAAGCUAGCUAUGUUGGCUGGUGGGACGGGGAUCACGCCCAUUUAUCAAGUGGCGCAAGCGAUUUUGAAGGAUUCGGAGGACGAGACGGAGAUGUUUUUGGUGUACGCUAACCGGACGGAGGAUGAUAUUUUGCUGAGGGAGGAGAUGGACGAGUGGGUGAAGAGUGAUAAGAGGUUUAAAGUGUGGUACGUUGUGAAGGAAAGUGUUAGAGAAGGGUGGGAGUUCAGUGUGGGUGUUGUGACGGAGAGUAUCAUGAGGGAGCAUCUUCCAAAAGCUUCAGUAGAUACUUUAGCGUUGGCGUGUGGACCUCCGCCGAUGAUUAAGUUUGCCGUGCAACCCAACUUGGAGAAGAUGAACUAUGACACUGAGAGCUCAUUACUGAUUUUUUAG